AUGACGAGCGCUGUCCCGAGUACAACGACGUCCGCCUACAAUCCAGCGCCUACACCUGCCCAAGGCGCUCUUGAAUCUGCAGGCGCGGGAAUCACUGGAGGAUAUACGGGCGACUCCCUCUCACUAAAAAUUAUUAUUGCUUUCCUGCUCGGUCUUUCACUAUACAAUGCUCUGGAACUCAUCGUCAUUGUCUUUGUCACAUUUCAGCGCUUUCGAGGCUGGUACUUUUGGUCCAUGAUUGUUAGCGCGUUUGGGAUCAUACCAUAUUCACUUGGAUUCCUGAUCAAGUUCUUCCAAUUGCUGGAUCCUGGACGUGAUGAGGGGUAUGUUGCUGUGGUCCUGUUGACUAUUGGAUGGUACACAAUGGUUACAGGACAAUCAGUUGUCCUUUGGUCACGCUUGCACCUACUCACGAAUUCUCGUCGCGUCCUUCGCUGGACUCUCUAUAUGAUUAUCAUCAACGGCUGUAUUCUACACUCAACGACCACUGUCCUCACUUUCGGCUCGAACUCAAACACCCUUACUCGUACUACGCUGCAACGUUUUGUCAGCGGAUACACAAUCAUGGAAAAGAUUCAGAUGAUUGGGUUCUUCUUACAGGAGACCAUCCUCUCCAUCAUAUACAUCAAGGAGACAGUGCGGUUGUUGAAGCUAUCUGAAUCCAUACAAGACGAUGUGCAAAGCAUCGACAACGCAUCUGGAAAUGGCCAUCUCAAGAAUGCAAUGGUGCGAAAAACUAUGUAUCAGCUCCUGGUUAUCAAUAUCAUUAUUAUAUCCAUGGACUUGGCUCUACUUGGCGUGGCAUUUGCCAGUCUGUAUCUGAUUGAAACGACACUGAAGGGCGUUGUGUACUCCAUCAAACUCAAACUUGAGUUCGCCGUUUUGGGUAAACUUGUCCAGCUUGUACGUGAUCGAACAGAGUCAGAUCAAAGCCGGAUUCCUCAGAGCGUCCAGGAUCAAAGGGCAACAUCCACCCCACUCACGCUUGAAAAGACAAAUUCUGUUCGUACUGGACGGAAUAGUGGCAGCGGACGCCUGCAUAUGGGACGGCUUAGUUAUGACUUUGGCAAUCAGUACUUGCCAGACUUCGUGGAUCCACGAAAGGUCAGCGCUGACAUAAGUCGUGCAGAAUCGGUCCAUGGAAAUGAUGGAUGGGAGACCCGCCUGCGUGAAGAUCGGGAGCGGUGGAGGCGGCGGACCAGAGUGAACCACGGAAGCUGGAUCGAUGAAGAGAUGGACAGAUACAAUAUCAGCUGA